AUGGGAUGCAAAAUUAAAUGAGCAGGAUUACUCAAAACACGGAAACAAGGGGUGCACAUCAAAAUAUCAAAUGCGCCCAGCACAUGGGCGCGCGCGGAACUGCUGAACGACUGAAGAAGAGCUGAACUUUUGUAAACCUAAAUACCCAUAAGAAGCAGCUAUAGAGAGAAAUAGCCCUCUAUAGAGAGAAACAGAUGGAUAUGGAGGCUGAAGAAGCAGCAAGGCGUGUACAGGUUCGGUUCGUAACGAAGUUGAAGCCUCCGUUCAAGGCCCCGCCCAAUUCUAUAGCUAUUCCAUCCAAUCUCACCCGUUUGGGUCUUUCUGCCAUUGUCAACAACCUCCUUAAAGCUGGGAAUGAUGAUUGGAAAUCUGAGCCUUUUGAUUUCCUCAUCGGUGGAGAAUUCAUCAGGAUGUCACUAGAGGAGUUCCUCCUCGCAAAGAACAUUUCUGCUGAGAAAAUAUUAGAUAUUGAAUACAUUAAGGCGGUGGUCCCAAGGAGAGAAGAAGAACCUUCUGUACAUGAUGAUUGGGUCAGUGCUGUUGAUGGUUCAAACCCCAAGUUCAUUUUAACAGGUUGUUAUGAUGGUCUUGGAAGGUUAUGGAAAGCUGCAGGAUCUUGUAGUCACAUAUUGGAGGGGCACACAAGUGCAGUUACAGCUGUUUGUGUUGUCAAGCCCAAAGACUUUGAAAAUGGUGCUGAUGAAUUGGUAGCAACAGCUUCAAAAGAUAGAACAGUCAUGUUGUGGAAGGUUGAUGUAGAUGAGCUUCUGGAAAAACCAAUGAGCAUUAGAGCCUGUAAGGUUUUACGUGGGCAUAAUGCUUCUGUCCAGACCCUAGCAGCACAUCCCACUGGAGAAAUGGUGUGUUCAGGUUCUUGGGACUGCAUGAUAAAUCUAUGGCAGACAAAUGAUUUGGAUGAAUUUUGUGAUACCGUAUCUGUCAAAAAAAGAAAAAAGGGGAAAAAAGACAAUGAUCCUCAAAUAGAGGGGGAGGCAUCAUCUACACUUGUUGGACAUACACAAAACGUAUCCUCUGUGGUAUGGCCAAAGAAUGACACAAUUUAUUCAGCAUCCUGGGAUCAUUCUAUUAGAAGUUGGGAUGUUGAGACAGGAAAAGAUACACUAAACAUGUCUUUUGGUAGAGCAUUUAACUGUCUUGAUGUUGGAGGUGAAAGUUCUUCCCUUAUUGCAGCUGGAUGUUCUGAUCCUAUUCUAAGGAUAUGGGAUCCUCGGAAACCAGAUUCAUUGGCCCCUAUCUUCCAGUUCUCAUCACACAGUUCCUGGAUUUCUGCCUGCAAAUGGCAUGACAAAUCGUGGCAUCUCUUGGUUUCUGCAUCUUAUGAUGGAAAAGUUAUGCUAUGGGAUUUGAGAACAGCGUGGCCACUUGCUGUCAUUGACUCACACAAGGAUAAGGUAUUAUGCGCUGACUGGUGGAGAGGGGAUAGCAUUAUAAGUGGAGGAGCCGACUCAAAGCUUUGCAUAUCUUCAGAACUUCCAGUGCAGCAGUGACAAGGGUACAUUCACCAGUGACGUGUUUAGGAGGCUCGUUUGUCUCAUCAGAGCUUCCUCAUUAAUUAACAUUUCUAAUACACAGACAGCCAUGUUUGUGUUGUGUAACAUGUACUCAUAGUCUUGAAACUUCAACCUGUUUUUUAUGCAAAUUCAUAUCACAUUAUCACAAAAGCUCUGAAAUUUGAAUGAAGGGAAUUUGUGCUUAAAUUUAUGAGAAUUGUUCUUAAGGUAGAUGUGGUAUGUGGGAGCAAAAUUGGAG